AUGACCGUUCAUCUUCCUCUAGAAAUCCAUACACAGAUCUUCAAUAUUCUGCUUCAUGACCUUUAUGAAUCUAAACUUUUUCAAGAGACAUUUAAGCUUCGCUUGAUCUGCAAGUCCAUACAAGGAAUUGUUGACCCUAUCUUAUAUCGAAAGAUCAAAUCACCAUCAUACAAUGGGGUGCAUAUUCUUUGCCGCACAAUAGUACCACGGCCCCAACUUGCAGCAUGCGUUGAGCAGAUUCACCUGGAAGAAGAUGAAGAAUCAGAAUCUGACGAAGACGAGGAUGAGGAAGGGGAGGAAGAGAAUACGGAUGCAGAAUCUGAUGCUGGUUCAGAUUCGAAUGAAUAUUCAGACUCAAAGGUUCAACGAUUGUGUAGGAAAGAAUCACAGCUCCUAGCCAGAGCAGGAGACUAUCUCAAAGACAAAUUCACGUCUGAUCCUUCACACGCUGUCGCCCUUGAGAAAAAUGACCUCUCCUGGCUCACGCGAUCAACCCGGAAAACUAGGAAAUGGCUUCUGCUCUUCCAGCUUUCCAACCUCAAGUCUCUCACAUUGAAGACCCACACCGACACUUUCACCAACAUGGCUAUGUUUCUCCGUCUUCCCUGCCUAGAGGAGCUAAACUUUGCCGUGCUAGCCCCUGGCCCUGAUAGCCCAUCAUGCCCCAACUAUGCCCCACCCGAGGAUAUCCUAGAGAGCUUAAUUCGCCAUACUGACCAGCUGAAAUCUCUCAGUUUUGAAGACAUGAGCGGAACGGUCUUCUCCCCUGUUCAGCAUGACGCACCUAAACUGAAGCGGAUUCUUGAGCAGCACGCGGCAGAUACACUUACAUACCUCUCCGUCUGUCUCUGCAACAACGACGAGAAGGACUGGCGACAGGAGCAGGAGUUUAGCUACAUUAGAGGACAUUUCGGAUCCAUGAAGAAGUUCGCGAGGUUGAAAGGGCUCGUUAUGCAGCUGGAGGUCUUGCUGGGUAAGCCCAACGAGAAUGGUGGGUUAAGACUCAAGGACGUACUACCCUCACAAUUGGAAUAUUUCACUGGUCUAAAUCUUCCCGAUUACCAUGGAGUCGACGAUUCAGAUAGAAUAUGGGACGAGGAGCAGUACAUACCGCAUUUUGAGGACCUGGCUGAAGUUGUGAUGCGAGAUGGUCGAGCAUUUCCCUCGUUGGGAUCCGUCAAGAUGCAUCUAGAUCGGAGAGAUUACUUUAGUUCUCAUGGGGAAUGUCUAAUGAAAGGGCAGUAUAAUGACGGAGUGCUGGGUCACUCGCAGAUCUAUUUUGGUUUUGUGCGUGGUCCAUAUGGUUAUGAUGGGCCUGGGCCGGAUUAG